AUGCGACUGUCUGACGUAACUUCUGCGAUCGCCGAAAAACUCUUGGGUACAGUGUACAUUGCGAUAAAGAUAGCGGGUCCUGCAAAAUUCAAAGUAGGUGAUUCGGUGCAGCGUACCAAUCCUGUAACUUAUCUACUCGAGGACUAUCGUGGAAAAUCCGUCGCUGGAGAGUUCUAUGAGCACGAGUUACAUCGCGCUACUCAUCCGGACGUGUAUCUCGUGGAGAAAGUGUUGCGCAGGAAGAGCGACAAAGUGUACGUCAAGUGGCUGGGAUUCGAUGGAUCGCACAAUUCAUGGAUACACAAAACCAAUGUUAUUUGA